AUGGUUCCAGAACUUCCAAUGCAGGUCACACAAGGGAACAGCCAAGGAAUUCCUGCUUUUAGUGGGAUGAGUUCUGCCUUUAAUAAUCAGACAACUCCACCACCUGUUCAGUCAUAUCCAGGACAUGCCCAGCAGCCACAUCAACUAACUCAACAACAGUCCCAUCUCAGCAAUCCCCGUCCUCUUUCAAGUUCAAAUCAUGCUACUAAUUCCCAACAGGCCUAUGCUAUCCGAAUGGCAAAGGAACGGCACCUGCAGCAACAUCAGCGAUAUCUCCAGCACCAACAACAGCAGCAGCUUGCUGCAUCGAAUGCCUUGAUUCCACAUGGUCAGGCACAGGCGCAACUUCCGAUAUCAUCACCUGUACAAAAUAAUUCCCAGGCACAACCUCAAAAUUCAUCGCAACAAGUUUCUGUUUCCCCUGUAACACCGACAUCCCCUUUGACUCCCAUGUCUUCUCAGCACCAACAGCAGAAACAUCACCUACCACAUGGUUUCAGCAGGAAUCCUGGAGCUAGUGGGUUGGCUAAUCAGGCAGUGAAACAACGGCAGCGACAACCACAGCAGCGGCAGUAUCCACAGCCUGGCAGGCAGCAUCCUAAUCAGCCACAGCAUGCGCAGGCUCAACAGCAGGCAAAACUUCUGAAAGGAUUAGGAAGGGGAAACAUACUGGUCCAUCAGAACAACUCUGUGGAUCCUUCUCAUCUAAACGGAUUAUCUGCACCUCCAGGAAGCCAAACUGUUGAGAAAGGGGACCAAAUCAUGUCCAUGAUGCAAGGCCAAAACUUAUAUCCUGGAUCUGGUAAUCCAAGUCAAACACCCAAGCCAUUAGUUCCUGCUCAUUCUUCAAGUCAUUCCCAGUUGCAGCAAAAGCUACAUUCUGGUCCAACAAACCCUUCAUUGAAACAACUUCAGCAAGUGGUAUCUCCAUCUGAUAAUAAUAGCAUUCCAGGAAAUGUUUUGUCAGUUUCCGCUGGCCAUAUACCAUCAUCUCCACAGACAGCUGUUGCUUCUAACCAUCAUCAACUGCCAUUACAAUCUCCGCCACAGUGUAAGCAAAGUAAUCAAAUUCAAUCAAAUGUUCAGAGAAUGUUGCAACAAAACUGUCAGGUGCAUUCUGAGUUGUCAAGCUCAUCUCAAUCUGAUUCACCUAAAGUUGAUCAACAUCCUGCAAACAAUGCUUCCCAAAGUGGUACAAACACUGCAAUGUCUCCAGUUUGUAUGGAUGCAGCUAGUGUAACUGUUGUUCCUCCUAUUGCAUCUUCUCAGUGGAAAACGUCAGAAUCACCAUUUGAUUCCAGUGUGCCCAAUCCAGUCACUCAAGCGAGUUCUCUAGGGAGUACACUUGUUGGAAAUUCAGCUGGAAAUGAGCCACCAACUAUUAAUCAAGGGAUGGGAACACAGCAAUUAUCAACUAGCUUACCUUCUCAUGCACAUAAUUCUGGAGGGCAGUGGCAGCAGCAGUCACUGACUCUCCAACAACAGACUUUAACACAACCUAUACCAACUCAACAGUCAUAUCAGCCUCCACAACAUCAGCAGCAGCAACAGGAGCAAGAGAAGCAUCCUCCCAGUGAUGUAGCUUUGCAACAUCAACCUCAGCAGCAAAUGAAACAUAUGCAACCAGGGCAGGGCAGUUUGCUUAUCCGUCCACCCAAUUCUAAAGUGGAAUGA